CUCUCACUUUCCAACUUCAACACGUCUCCUGUCCUCUCUAUCUGUCAAAAUCAGUCCUCUCUUUCUAUUUCAAAUCCAGCCAUCAAUGUAAACCAAGCUAUUGUUGCAGACCAGAGCUGAAAUUGAACGUGAAUCCAUACCCAGAUGUUGCUUUUACAGUCUCACUCGAGGUUCCUUCUUCAAACCUUGUUGAAUCGGGUUCAAAAUUUGGAUAAAGCAGUUGAGCUGGAUUAUCACUGGGUUGAGUUUGACGAUGUUCGUUACCACGUUCAGGUAACUAUGAAGAAUCCGCAUCUUGUGCUGUUAUCAGUGUCAUUGCCCACUCCACCUCCUGAAGCCAUUUUCCUUCGGGGACUUCCAUCUGGAGCUAUAGAAGCUAUAAAAGCUGCAUAUGGUUUGGUUGUACAGAUACUUGAUCCUCCUCGAGAUGGCUUUAAUCUCACAUUGAAACUCAAUUUGUCAAAACUUUCUCCAGAUGAAGAGAUCAGACAAUCUCUGUUGGUGAAGAUUGCAUCUGUAAGAGAAGUGGUAUUAGGUGCUCCAUUAAGAGUAGUACUAAAACAUCUUGCUACAAGGACUGUUGCUACAGCUAUGGAUCAGCUUCUUGCCCUCGUGCAUCGACCAAAGGAGUCCUUUUUCAUCAUUCCUGAGGCAGAAAGGGUGACUGUGGUGUUUCCCAUGAGAUUCAGCGACUCCAUUGAUACUGUUCUUGCAACUUCCUUCCUACAGGAAUUUGUUGAAGCAAGGCGUACAGCUGGACUUAAUAAUGCACCUCUUUGUUUGUGGUCUCCUUCUCCUCCUCUAGAGCUGAAGGAAGCUCCUUCUGAAGCAUUAUCCGCUAACGCAGGAUUUGUUACUUUUGUCAUUUUUCCUCGACAUGUAGAAGGAAAAAAAUUGGAUCGUACGGUUUGGAAUUUAUCGACUUUCCAUGCAUAUGUUAGCUAUCAUGUUAAGUGCUCAGAGGGUUUCAUGCACACACGAAUGCGGCGUCGUGUGGAAUCUAUGAUUCAGACCUUGGAUCGUGCCAAACCGGAUUUGGAUAAGGCAAAAAAGUCAAUAAACAACAGAUCAUUCAAACGGCUGACACUCAAGGAGCUCAGGGAGGGCCGGUCAAAUUCAAUGCACUGAAGGCAGGGUGAGUAUGUUUUCUUCCGUGGGAAACCCAGAAAAGUGUUGGUUGGUUGAUUAAUUCUCUUGCAUAUAUCUGGAAAAAGCUUUCGCCCAGCUCCAGUAUUAUUCAUUAUUGAAAGCAGGGAAGAAAGGUUGGGAAGGAUGAUUACUUUUAGCUGCAAAUGUGAACAUUUAUGUUUCUAGAUGGUGUUGUUAUAACUAGAAGUUCCAUUUAGUUUGGUAAAUUUUGGAGUUUUAACCGUGUAAAACCAUUUGUUUCAAAAUUCAGAAACAUUGAUUUUGUUGGUCUUUUGCCAA